GAUACUCCUUAAAAGGAGAUGAAAAGCCAUGGAAUUGGAACCUAUGUUUAAACUCAAUCAAGCCCAAACAGAGCACAAACCUAAAGGUCCCCAAAAUUGGGAAAUAGGGACUUUCCUUAAUCGACUUUCUUCCACCUUCGCGUCUCUAAGCUGAGCAAAGCUUAAAAGUCUCAGACUUUCACUAGGGUUCUUGUUAGCUGCUGCUUUGGCAAUGGCUUCUUUUCUCAACAAAUUCCAAGAUGCUGUGAGAACCUUUGCAAGAAGCCCCAGAUUUACUAAGGACCCAAGGAAACUCCAGUUUGAAGUUGACAUUAACCGCCUUUUUAUGUAUACCAGUUACAAUAAUUUGGGAAAGAAUGUGGAUGAGGCUGAUGCGGAGCAGAUCAUCGACAUGGCUAGUAAAGCCUCAUUUGCCGACCAACAGAAGCAAGUGCAGGAAAAUAUUCAUAAUCAAAUUAAAAACCUCUGCACUGUAAUGGAUGCAAUCCUUCUCGAUGUCAACGAGCCGCAAGAAUCUCAGUCCAAAGCUACUCCUUCCCGAAGUGGUCUCAGUUUUGCUAUUGGGAGGAACGGCCCAACUAAUAACCAUCCUGAUGUUCCUAAGACAAGGCCAUUAAAACGCACCGAACUCUCACAGAGGUUGAAGGAUUCCAUUGGGUACACUCUUGAUGUCAAACAGUCGCAAAUACCCCACAGCGAAGCUGGACAAGGUUUAUUUUUGAAUGGUGAAGCUACUGUUGGAUCUGUAAUUGCCAUAUACCCUGGUGUUAUAUAUUCCCCGGCUUAUUACCGAUACAUUCCUGGAUACCCAAGAGUCGAUGCACAAAACACGUAUCUGAUAACGAGAUACGAUGGGACUGUCAUCAAUGCCCAACCUUGGGGUUUUGGAGGUGAAGCACGUGAAUUAUGGGAUGGAUCGAAAAUGCUAGAUGCAAAGCUCAACAGGGAUGCAACAGAGAAAGGCUCGGAUCGGCUUUGGAAAAUGCUUAGCAAGCCUUUGGAGAGCUCGCGAGUGGGGAACGGUGAAGUUUUGGAACGUAGGAACCCUUUAGCCUUGGCUCAUUUUGCCAAUCACCCUGCUAAAGAUACGGUGCCGAACGUGAUGAUCUGUCCUUACGACUUCCCACUGACUGAGAAAGACAUGAGAGCUUACAUUCCAAAUUUAUCAUUUGGAAACGCUGAAGAAGUAAACAUGAGGAGAUUCGGCAGUUUUUGGUUCAGAUGGGGUUCGAGAAACAGCGAGUCAAAUGGUCCGGUUUUGAAGACUCUUGUAUUGGUGGCUACUACAGCACUUUGUGAUGAAGAAGUGUUGUUGAACUACAGGUUAAGUAACUCGAAACGAAGACCGUCAUGGUAUACUCCCGUCGACGAAGAGGAGGAUCAACGGAGAUGGAGCUAAAUUCAGGGAUAUGAGGUAUUGAAAAGGAAAUUGCAGUCAGUGUAGGGUGUAGACAUAUAAACUAAUGAGUGUUUUGAUAAUUUUCCAUGUUUUUUCCCCUUUCCAAUAAAUUCUUUACACAUAGGAUUUUGAAUGAUUCGUUAAAGUAUGCCAUCAACAUUGCAUCUUAACAUGCCAUUACCGUCUAUAUGGCGGUGUUGGCGAGGUGAUUUGGUUAUUUCGAUUUUUAGUUUGGUCGGUCGAGGGAGUCAUUCGAAACGUGUAAGCCAGUCGAUUGUUAAUUUUUAUAUCAACUAGAAUGAUGUUCCAUCUA